UAAAAUUAUUAGAUUUUGAGUAAGAUUAAAAAAGAUCAAAUCUAAUAAGUACUAUAGUUAGGAGGACGAAGGAUAUAAAGAUGGGGGAUAUGAUUUUAAAAAAUAAUUUAAUUUAAUUGUAUUAAACGACUUUAAGAAAUGAUUAAUUAUGAAAAUUGUGAAUGAUAUUAAAUGUGUAUGAAAGUUUUCAAUCAGUGCCACGAUCUUCCGGGCUAAACCAAAGCAAAUUCGUCGAAUCAUUAAUCGGGGAAGGUCGUCGACCGUGGCGUGGCGGCGAAGAGGAGGCUCAGGCGGCGGCGCUGCUACAAAUUUAUAUACUUCGCUUCUGCCAUCGUGUAAAAACUGAGCUCAUAAACCUCAGAUCAGAGUAACGGACAAAUCCAUGGCGGCGAUUUACAGCCUCUAUAUCAUCAAUAAAUCUGGCGGUCUAAUUUUCUAUAAGGAUUAUGGAUCAGCGGGAAGAAUGGAUACGAAUGACAGUUUGAGGUUAGCGAGUCUGUGGCACUCGAUGCACGCCAUCUCGCAGCAGCUUUCUCCCGUCUCCGGUUGCUUCGGGAUCGAGCUUCUUCAGGCUGAUACUUUCGAUCUUCACUGCUUUCAAUCCCUUACUGGUACUAAAUUCUUUGUGGUUUGUGAGCCUGGAACUCAGCAUAUGGAGAAUCUCUUGAAACAUAUAUAUGAGUUAUACACAGAUUAUGUCUUGAAGAACCCUUUCUACGAGAUGGAGAUGCCAAUUCGAUGUGAGUUGUUUGACAUAAAUUUGGCACAGGCAGUACAGAAGGAGCGAGUUGCCUUAUUGGGGAGAUGACCUGCAACUCGUCUUCGUUCUACACUGACCUCGUUUCUAUUAUUUCUUAAACUUCUCCGGUGUUCUGUUUUGAAAACAAUGAUAGGUGAUUCGGUUUCAGAAAACUCAGAUUUGUAUAUGAACUGCCUGUCCAGACUGAUUGUCUGAUAAUUCGGAUUUUUGAACU